AUGGAAAUAGGGACUUUAGGAUGUGUACUGAGGCCAUACUCCUCCUCCAUGCAUAUAUCCUCACGGCUCAUGCCCUCGGUCAAUCUCAAAUCGAACCCGUGUAGCAAAUUAGCCAAUGUCGUUCGGACCAUCUUAAGCCCGAGUCUAUACCCGGGACAUCUCCUCCUUCCCGACCCAAACGGCAAAAGCGCAAAAUCGCCACCCAACAAGUCUACCUCUUUACCUAAAAACCUCUCGGGGGAGAAUUCCUCUGGCGCAGCCCAAGCCUGUGGGUCCCGCCCGAUGCUCCACAUCCUUUCGACCAUCAAUCACAUAGCUAAGAAACCGGUCGAGCUUCCUAUUCAAAGCCUUCAUCCUCUUCACGUACCCCUGAAGAUCAAGAAAAUCGAGCCACGGCACCCAAUCGCCAAUAUUAAACACCCCGCUAAGGAAAAACCACUCGUCAAGCAAUCCCUGCAGCUCAUCCAGCGUCACAAUCGAUGGCUCGUUAAAAUCGCUGAAGACCAUGCGGCAUACGGUCAAGAGUGUGUAGCGCAUCAAGUAAUCCCUGAGCACGACGGGCUUUCCCGACAGAGAAAAUAG